UCUCUCCUGUGGCCACAGUCCACUGAGGCUCCCAGUCGGUUAACAUGGCUCAGUGGACGUUACACUACAUUGUAUUUUUCGUGUUUCUCUGCCGCUCCAAUGGACAGUUUGACUUGGGAGGAAGAUUUGCCCCCAUAGACAGAUACUGGAACCUCCAUGACAAGCAACCCCUAAAGGUCGAUGGUACUGCACCGAGGUUCACGCUGCUGGCUCCAGACCUGCUGAGGGCAGACAGUCAGGAGAACAUCUACCUACAGGCAGACAGCGUGUCCUCACCCGUCACUGUCUCCAUCUCCAUCGUGGACUUCACUAAGACCACAAGUCUCCUCCAGGACUCUGUCACACUCAAUCUGGAGAAUGGAUACCACGUUCUCAAGACCAUACAGCUUCCCUCGGAUCGUUUGAAUCGUGAUGAGAAAAAGAACAAGUUUGUGUACCUGAAGGUGAACUUUGGGAGCUACCACUCAGAGGAGAGGAUCCUGAUGGUGUCCUUUCACUCCGGAUACAUCUUUGUCCAGACGGACAAACCCAUCUAUAACCCCGGAGAAACUGUUCGGUUCAGAACCUUCACAUCCACUCCGUCCUUUAAAGCCUUUAGCAGCUCCAUCACAAUCGAAAUUCAGAAUCCAGACGGUGUGGUGGUGAAACAUAUCAACAGGAGAGCUAUUAAUGGCAUCUAUUCUGACACUUUUACUCUCUCUGAAAUUGUCAAUGAAGGAAAAUGGAUACUGACUGCAAAGUUCGACCACUGGAAGCAGAACACGUUCACCUCCCAGUUCGAAGUGAAGAAAUACGUGCUGCCUGCCUUCAAUGUCACCCUGACGCCCAGAAAGACCUUCAUCGACCUGGAAGACAAUGAAGUGAUUGUAGAGAUCACAGCCAGGUACCUAUACGGGGAGCCGGUCCAGGGGACGGCCUAUGUAGUGUUCGGAGUGAUGAUCAACCAAGAGAUGAGAAGGUUGCCUGGGGUGAAGCAGGUGUCAGAUCUGAACGGUGGAGUCAUCAGACUGAGCAUGGAGGAGAUCAAGACAGCUUACCCAAACAUCAGAUCUUUGGUGGGAAACUCUGUGUAUGUUAAGGCCUCUGUGCUCACCAAGUCAGGCAGCGACCUGGUUGAAGCAGAGAAGACUGGCAUUAAAAUAGUGGAGUCUCCAUAUGUUGUAUCCUUUAGAGCCGUACCAAAGUACUUCAAGGCGGGCCUGCCUCUGGAUCUGACAAUCCAGGUGAGCCACCACGACGGUUCCCCGGCCCGUAACAUCCUGGUCAAGCUGACGCUGCUGGCCGAGCCUCUGCGGGUGACCUCCGGCACCACCACCGCCACAAUCAACAUGCCUGCAGAGCAACAACCACAAACCAUCACUGUUGAGACGGUGCAGGCUGGCCUGAGACCAGACCAGCAGGCCAAACAACAAAUCAUUGUUCAACCGUACCGCACCUUUAACACCCGCCACCAGAACUACCUGUACAUCUCUGCAGGGAAAAACAUGGUGUCUGUCGGAGAGAGUCUGUCCCUGAAGCUGAGAAUCAAUCCUGCAGACGAGACCCACAGACAGCACAUUAAACACAUCACCUACCUGGUGCUGAAUAAAGGCAAAAUCAUAGUGGGUGAGCGUGUGGAUGUGACGGGUCAGCUGGUCACCAGUGUUGGACUGACGGUCACCCCGGACAUGAUGCCAUCGUUCCGUUUCGUGGCAUUCUUCAGUAUUCCCUGGUCGCGGGAGGAGGAGGUGGUGUCGGACUCUAUCUGGGUGGAUGUGGUAGAUUCCUGUGUUGGUGGGCUCAAAGUUGGGCCGGUGGAUGGCACAAUUCGAAAAUACAGUCCUGGAAAGGGCUUUAAUUUCCGGGUCAGAGGAGAUCCAGGGGCAAAUGUCAGCCUGGUGGCUGUGGACAAUGCUGUGUAUCUGCUCAACAGGGACAGACUUACACAAGGAAAGAUUUGGGGUGCGGUGGAGCAGGGAGACAUCGGCUGCACCCGAGGGGGAGGCAAAGAUGCCAAGGCGGUGUUCACAGAUGCAGGACUGCUCUACUCCUCCAGCACCGGGUUCAAAACCCAAAUCAGACAAGUUCUGCAGUGUCCGAGCAGUGCCAGAAGGAGGCGCUCUGCUGAACGGCUACAGCGUAAAGCUCAGCUGGAGAAUCAUUACAAGGAGAAACUGCAGCGGCGCUGCUGUAAGGACGGCCUGCGGGAGAUCCCCAUGCCCUACUCCUGCACGCGGCGCUCCCUCUACAUCACAGAGGGCUGGGAGUGCAUGAAAGCCUUCCGCUACUGCUGUGCAACCUUCAGGAACCAAGUGUUUAGCACAGAGAUUCCCACCACGCCACCACCCUUGACCACAACUGUUCCACCCACCACCACCACCACCCGGCGACCCAGGGUGCCAUCCAGCAGACACUCUGAUGUGAUGGUGUAUUCAAGGAUGGGACCCCCUCUAACCAGCAGAAACUUUAAUUGGGGACGUGAACAUGUGGUUGCAGUGGCUGGACUGCCUGGACUUGCAGAAGAAAAAAAUUACAUGUACACAGAUGUUAACAAAAUGGCAGAAGAAGACGUGGUGCUUGCUCAAGCGGAGAGUCAUUUUGACUAUGACGAGGAGGAAGAAUAUCUGGAUGAGUCUGAAGUGGAUCUGCGAUACAGGUUCUUUGAGUCUUGGCUGUGGAUAGAUUUAAACCUGCCCAACGAGGCGGACAGAGAGGGGUUGGCAUUUAAGGACGUGAACGACUAUCCCCUUCCUGACAGCAUCACAGAGUGGGGAGUUCUGGCCAUCAGUGCAUCACCUCACACAGGUUUCUGUGUUGCCGAGCCUUACAACGUCAAAACAUGGAAGCAUUUCUUUGUGGACCUGAAACUGCCAUAUUCCGUGGCGAGGAACGAACAGAUUGAGAUUAAAGCUGUGGUCCACAACUAUGCCUCUACAGAACUGCAUGUGAGGUUGACGCUGAUGAAGACAGAAGGCAUAUGCAGCAUUGCCUUUAAGGAUAGACACAUGCAGGAACUGACGGUGCCCGCUGGCUCUUCUGUCGUGGUGCCUUACACCAUCGUACCGCUGGUGGUGGGGAAACUUCCCCUGGAGUUGAUGGCGCUCGCCAGAGACAUGAUGGGAGGAGACCGCAUCCAGAAAGAUCUACGGGUGGUGAUGGAUGGAGUGGAGAAGACUGAAGUUUGGAGUGCCGUGCUGAACCCGUCAGCUGAAGGAGGACGGCAGACUGUUAUUGUGGGCAAGAUUGAACUGGACUCAGUUGUGCCAAACUCUAAGCCAGAGACGAUCAUCAAUGUCAGAGGCAAUGUACUGGCAGACAGCAUUGAUAACUCUAUCAGUGAGGACUCUUUGGCCUCGCUGAUCCGGAUGCCCGGCGGCUGUGUGGAGCAGAACUUGGCCAGCAUCACCCUGCCGCUCAUCGCCACCCUUUACCUGGAGCGAACCAACAACUGGGAGAGCGUAGGGGUAGAGCGCAAGGCUGAGGCUCUCCGGUACAUCAGGAGAGGCUAUGAGAACCAGCUGGCAUACAGAAGAAGUGACGGAUCUUACCCCCCCUACAGGAGCGAAGGCGCAAGUACAUGGAUCACGGCGUACGUGGUGAAAGUUUUCUCCAUGGCUCACUCUAUUGUUGGCAUCAACGAGGAGCAGGUGUGCGAGCCUCUGCUCUACCUGGUGAACAACAAAUUCAAGCCUAGAGGCUUCGUAGAGGACAACCCAGUGUACACGACUACCAUGACGGGCGGUCUCCGUGGAGAUGACCCCGGGCUAACCCUAACAGCCUUCGUCCUCAUAGCACUCGCAGAGGCCAAGCAGGCUGGGAUCCGCUGCACUGGUCCAAAUGUAGAGCAUGUUAUCAGUACGGCAACUGACCAACUGAGGACAGCACUGGUGAUGCAGGGGAGGAGACCGUACACUGUGGCCAUUGCCUCCUAUGCACUGGCUCUGCUGUGGAAUGGUCAAGGCGAAAACCCGACACAAGCUUUACUCAGAGCUGCAGCUCCAGGCGGCAGCCACUGGCCCGACACGAAGAACACUUUGUUCACCUUGGAGGCAACCGGCUACGCCCUGCUGGCUCUGGUCAAGUUAGGGCGCAUGGAGGAAGCAGCAGCGCCAUUCAAAUGGCUGAACAGCCAGCGGAGGAGAGGAGGCGGAUUUGGCUCCACUCAGUCAACCAUGGUGGUUCUCCAUGCGCUGUCGGAGUACCUGAUUAACAAACCUCCUCCUGAUAACCUGGAUCUGAAUGUGAACGUUAUGAUUUCAGGACGCAAGCUAAUCCGCUACAAUUUCAACCCUAAGACCUCCUACGCUGCUCGCUCCAACAAUUUGCCUGCUGGUCAUGAAUUGACGGUUCAGGCUGAAGGGAAUGGACAAGGAAUACUGGAGGUUGUGACGUAUUACAACCAAGUGCACGAGGUGGAUGAGAAAAUGCCCUGCAAGCACUUUGAUCUCAGCGUCACUAUAGACGAAUCCAGCGAAAAACUUCCAGCAGAUGUAGUUAAAUCCUACCAAUUCACUGUUAAAGUGAGGGCUUUAGGACCCAGAGAUGUCAGGAUGGUCAUUCUGGAUAUAAGUCUGCCGACGGGCUUCACCCCAGAAAACUCAGACUUGGAGAUGUUGUCUAACUCAGUGGACAGCUACAUCAACAACUUCCAGAUUGUUGAUAACCUGAGUGAGAGAGGCUCUCUGAUCAUCCACCUGUUCAAGGUGUCUCACAGAGAGCCUGAGAUCUUGAUGUUCAGGCUUCAGCAAAACUUUAAAGUCGGCCUCCUCCAGCCUUCCUCGGUCACUGUCUAUGAGUAUUACAACCCAGAUCACCGCUGCAGCCGCACAUACACUCCCAAGGAGGACAAAGAAGCGCUCACUCACAUCUGCAGGGAAAACGUCUGCCGCUGCACGCAGGGUGACUGCUGCAUCUCCAAAAGUGACAGUGAAAACUUCCCCAGCACAGAAAGAGAGACGUUUGCCUGCAAGGGUUUACACCACGUUUUCAAGGUGAAGGUGCUGAGUGUUGUGGAGAGUUACUACGACAAAUAUGAGAUGGAGAUAACACAACUUAUCAAGCUGGGCCAGGAGGCAGGGGUGGGAGUGGGCCAGAAGAGGGUUUUCAUGUCUCACGGAAGCUGCAGAGAUGGAAUCAACCUCAAGCAGGGCUCCCAGUACCUCAUCAUCGGCCCCAAAGAGGACCAGUGGAACCUUGACACGGAAACCAACAAAAUCAUCUACAUGUUAGGAAAGGACACCUGGUUGGAACGCUGGCCUACGUCUGCAGAGUGCUCCAGCAAUCCCGCCAUGCGAGCUAAAUGUAAGAGCCUCGACGACGCUGCAAAAGAACUGUCUGUCACCGGCUGCAGGCUGUAGAGGUGCACACUGUUCUCCUGUGCAGGCAAGCAACUAUGCAUGCAAAGAUUCACUAAUUAUUUUAGGUUUAAAGCCUGUGCAAUAUGAAAACAACUUACUUGUGUUUUCACUGUGGGAAAAAAGAACUGAAAGUGGAGCCAGUAAUACCCAUAAGGUUUUUUCUCCACUUAGACGAUUUCAUGAGAAAGAGGAAGAACUGCAGGCAGCACAAAGUAAUAAAAAUAUACCAAAUUGCACACAAUGCCUACUGUAACAUGAGCUUACAUAAAUGUAUUAUUGAUAUUGUGGCAGAAGACCCCAUCUUUAUCAUCCUGUUCUGGUUAAGUUUGUACAUUUGAAUCUGUGUUAAAAGUGUGUGGUUGUCUCAAUGCUGCAUUCUAAUAAACAAUAUAUUAAAAUCCUG